AUGUCAUCGGCAAAGAAGCUCACCCAAUCGCAGAAGGAGGUCCUUGCCCUUUAUCGGAGAGGGCUCCGGAUGAUCAAGACUAAGGAUCAGGAGCACCGCAGAGACUUUACAAUCUACUUGCGCUACUUCUUCAAACAUCCAUCUUGGGGCGGUGGACUUCGCAGAAGAGACUUUUCCCAGAUCGAAUAUAUGCAGCGAAAGACGGCGAGGCUACUUGAAACAACGUUCGAGCCAAAAGCGGUUAAGCACAUCAACCUUCCCAAAGACAUCGAAAGCGACAUGCAAGAGCUCGGACUUGCACAUUGGAGACGUGUGUUCCGCGAUGCCAGCUCGACUUCUUCGUCGCCCCAGUCAGCACCAAUACGCUCAUCGAGUUGA